UGAGCUUUCAAGAGAGCACCAGUAAUCUUGAAAUAUGAUGAGGGUACGUCCCUUUACCCCCCUUCUCAUGACACUAAUGGUAACAUUGGUAACACAAGUUAUAUUGAGAUAUAAUGAGGGUCUUUAAGCCAUUCAUAAUGUUCCUACACUUUGUUAUUUUGAUACAGAUGUGUAUUCACUUACUACAAGUAUUUAAAACCUGUUAACUCAACUGGUUUGCUUCUAUAAACAAGAUAAAGUUGCCCAUGUUGGAGAACCAUCUAUAUGAUUUUACAGAAAUAGGCAAAUGCUGGGUAACAAACAAAGUAUUUUUUUGUGGGCUUUAGUACAUUUUUUUUUACAAUUUUGAAAUAUUUACUAUUUUUUUAUGCAGUAAAUAUUUGCUUCACAAACGUCUACCUAUGUUUUUUAUUUGUACUCUUGGAUGAUAUUAUUAUCGUGAUUUAUAUCACUGUGCACUCAGGGGAAUUUGCCAGUGAAGAGCACAGCAGCAGUAUUAGCAUGGGGUUAAAGCGUAGGGUGGCUCCAGUCGUACAAGUGGACGGGUCCAGUCCUGUUAGGCCCAACCACGUUGCGCAUGAAUUUCAUUGACCCAACUCUAUUCUGCAUACAGAAACAUGAAUGUCUAGUGUUUAAGAAACAUUUCAAAGCUCAGUACUGUCCUCCAAACGGAAUCCACAGAGAUUCAAAGCUGAGACAGAAAGAGGAGACAGCUGAAAAUUAUCACUGAGGGACUUUCUGUUCACCUGAAUAACCAUGAUGAGUAAUUUGUGGUCACGAUGCAUCGUUCUCUCUGGGGCAGAGCCACACAACAGCUGAGAGGCUCACUGUCAACAUCUGCGCUGCCUGACCACAUGAAGACACGAACAGGGCGUAAACAACUAUAAUGUCUCCGAUAAAGGAGUUAAAGGUCGUCUAUGAAGCCCUCAAUGAAGAGGGCACGUUUUCCGCUGGAGACACCAUCGCAGGCACAGUCACUUUCACUUUGACCAAAGACACCAAAGUGAAGAGUGUCUGGGUGAAACUGAAAGGAGAUGCCAAUGUCCGCUGGACAGAGGAGCAUGGAGAGGUUUGGAUAACUUACAGUGCACACAAGAGGUACUUUAAAGUCAAAAAGGACUUGGUGGAUGAAAAAGGCACUGUACUUCCCAAAGGACUCCAUCACUUAAAAUUCAGGCUUGAUAUCCCAUACGGGGACAUGCCGCCAUCUUUUGAAGGGAAGCAUGGAAAGAUUGUCUACAAGCUUGAAGCAAAGAUAUCCAGGAGCUGGCGGUGGCCCUCUGAUACACAUCAAGAGCUCAAUUUUGUGUCAAAACCUUUAUCAAACCGUGGUCAAGUUAUGUGUCCCCAGUCUGGUUCAGUGGAUAAAGAGGUUGGAGUUUUCACCAAAGGACUGAUCAAGAUGACUGCUACAGUUAACGGAAAGGUUUUCUGCCCAGGUGACACUUUAAUUGUUGGUGCCACUAUCUGCAACUCCUCCUCCAAAAAAAUGAAGCCUAAAGUCAGCUUAUGUCAGAAAACAGUGUACCGUGCCCAGGGUUCCACUAACACCAGUGAUAACAUUCUGUGCAUAAUGGAGGGGGAAACCCUCGCACCAAACUCAGAGGAAACUGUCUCCUGUCACAUGACGAUUCCUAAUGAUGUCACCCACUCGAUCCAUAACUGUGCGAUCAUCUCAGUUGAACAUUACAUAAAGGUCUAUUUGGACAUCAGUUUUGCCUUUGACCCAGAGGUGAGGCUGCCACUGGUCAUUGUUCCUUCUCUCUCUGCUACCCUUCCGCCUGGUGAGGAUUUUGGACCUUACCCAGCAGGGGCUGUUGGAGGGCCAAGUUACAGCAACUUCCCCCCACCUGCCUUCCCUACUGGAUCUUAUGGUGCACCCACAGCUCCAGGUGCUUAUGGAUACCCAGCACCAGGUCCCACUCAACCUGGCAACACAGCCAGUGGCUACAACAAUCAGUAGCCGCAACAGGCCCCACCAUACAGUUUUCCGACUGGGGCUUUCCCACCACCUUCAGUGCAGCAUCAAGGCCCUACUGCUCCACCUCAGUUUCAACUGGGAGAAGACCUUCCAACAUAUAUGUCCGUUCUCCACCUUUCUCAUGACACUAAUGGUAACAUUAGGUCAGAGAAAAAAAACGAUUUUCAAAAUGAACACAAGUUAUACUGAGAUACUGAAAUUCACUUUGUUCUUUUGAUACAGAUGUGUAUUCACUCACUGCAAGUAUUUAAAACCUGUUAACUCAACUGGUUUGCUUCUAUAAACAAGAUAAAGUUGCCCAUGUUGGAGAACCAUGUAUUUGAUUUUACAGAAAUAACAAAUUACUGUAGAGUAACAAACAAACAGUAUUUUUUUGUGGGCUUUAGUACAUUUAUUUUACAGUCUUGAAAUAUUGACAGACGAUGAUGGCAUUUGAGCUAUAUUUAAUGCAGGAACUAUUUGCUUCACAAAAGUGUAACUGUAUUUUUUAUUUGUACUCUUGGAUAACAUUAUUAUCGUUGUAUUCAUGUCCAGACUGAAUAACCUGUUCCACAAAUUGCUGUUACGAUGCAUGGAUUGCUUAAAGAUGUGUUAAUAAAUGCUUUAAUGGCUUAACA